GUUUAACAUGAAUUGAAUAAUAGUACACAUCGUCGUUUCGACCUUUGUCGCGCCGGUAAUGCAGACACUGAUAACGGAUGGCACCGUUAUAACAGAGGACAACAAAAGACACGUGCGAGAGGUAGAAGUUUUUAAGGUGCGAAAAUGGGAGACAAGGAUUUUCAAUUGGAUCUUCAAGAACUCGUCGAGAACUAUGUCUGGGAUUGCUUCACCCAAGACCUUGGUUGCAUUAAGCGGCUGUUUCACAGAAGACACAAGUAUUACUUUGACAUUCGCUGGGGCUUUGUCGACUUUUCGCACGUGACGACAACAAAAGAACGCGCAACGAUACGAACAGCGGAUAACAGACGAACGGAACUGUACUUUUCGCAUUUUGAUAACAAGUCAAAUACACCACAAAUGUACACGUUCUCAACGGAAAGAUCUACAACCGCUACGACAAGCAUCGAGAUGCAAGAAAACUACACCAUAGGAAGCGAAGCCAAUCUCGAAAUCAACCUCGCCGACGUGGUAAAGGUUGGUGGAGGUGUCAAUGGUUCCCUGUCCGUGACCGACACAAAAUGUGAAGAAUUCAGCGAGACCCUAACGUGGAACAUUAACACGGAAAUCACUGUCCCGGCCUGGAACACUGCUCGAGCUACGUUGUACGUCUAUGAAGAACCGUCGGUCAUGGAUAUCCAAGUUACCACAACAAUAUCGCUGCCCAAAGGCUCACUUCCGGUUUCUAUUCGGCGUACCAAGGACGAUAAGGUUGUUAAAACCUACUGGAUAACUAAUCUGAAGUGUAUCUUCACUGAUAAGCACGAAGAAGAUGGUUUGGUGAGGUUUUCGAACGUGAACGUUCCAGGGAGCGAGAUAGAUGAAGUCGUUGCGGUAAUCGAAUCGCGUGGUGUGUGCAAAAACGUGUCCUGGAAGAAUCAGCACGUGGAGGUUCAAUGUGCACUCAUGGAUGACGCUCCUACCGAAGCCAGGUCGGCAAAGAAUGUAGUAGCCAGUGCUGAGUCGGAUUAGGUAAACAUGAUUGUUUCCCUUGCACAACCCGACAUGGACAGCGAAAUGUAUGUGAACACAACGGUUUAUCGACAUUAAAAGUGGUGUGGCUAAACAGAAACUAAACAUGAUAAGUCUGCAAAUAAUUUUAUGAUCAGUUUAUUGGUAGUUUAUUGACUCUGUAUUGAAAAAAAACGCGUAUUUACUAACGGAGACUGUGGAAAAUGUACAAUAUGAUGACUAGACACAACGAAUGGCAUUAAGUCAAAAAAGUAUAAAUGUAUGUAACGUCCAAGUCUGAUCUUCGCCUUUAAAAUAGUUGCAGACGAGCAAUAUAUAGCCAACAAGGCACAACGAAGGUUAUAUACAUUGAACUUGUUGAUUAAAGAAUGUUUUCUAGUUAUGUUACUUUCUAUAUAUCAUUUAAUCUGUUUGUACAUGAUAAAACUUUGGUCUUUUCUGAAAUGCUUAUUUUUACACAAUAUUUCUUUAAUACAAUGUAUGUUUCAUAUCUUCAAUGGUUUCUUAUACAUGUAUUUACCAAUAUUGAGUGAAUUGUAUUAUACAAGAAAACAAGUUUUCGCUAUGCCAAACGUCCACCAUCGGCCCACGUUAUAAAGUUUAGGCCGAUUAUAGACAUCCGGUCUAGCUGUGCAAAUGCCCAUAUGUACUCGUUUAUAUUGCAUAUCAUCGAUAACUAAAGUUUAUUACCGACCAAGCUUUCCGUACUUUCAUUUUCAUUCAAUAGAUUACGCCAUUAAUGAUGUUUCGCGUGUGUCGUUUUCUGUGUCAAAACACACCAGUUUAAAAAAGACUCUUGUUUUUUGGGACAAUAAUUCGGGCGUGCCUUUUUAAAACAGUAACAUAUUUUUAUGAAAAGCAUUGACAUAAAAACGAAGUUCGGA